AUUUCAAUUGAGAAAAAUAAAUAUGUUCAAAUUGUAUCAUAUAUUAGUUUAAAGUCAUAAGUGAUGAUUAAUAUGUAUGUAAUAGAUUUGUUUUAACUAUAAUACAUUGUUGUGUACAUUGAUCGUGUAUAAAAAGAUAUUUCCUGUGUAGAAUUUAAAUAUUUAGUUUUUGGUGUAUAAAGUUUAUUUCUUUAUUAAACUAAUCAUGUCAGUUAGUGAAAAAGUUUCUCUUUCGGAUGCUUUGAGCAAUGUGGAUGUUUUGGACGAGCUUACAUUACCAGAUGAGCAGCCGUGCAUUGAAGCAGCACCAUGCUCUAUUCUUUAUCAAGCCAAUUUUGACACCAACUUUGAAGAUCGCAAUGGCUUUGUCACAGGGAUUGCUAAAUAUAUUGAGGAGGCAACUAUACAUGCCAACUUGAAUGAAUUACUAGAAGAAGGGAAUGCCCAUGCUGUAAUGCUCUACACCUGGAGAUGCUGCAGCCGAGCUAUACCUCAGCCCAGGUCAAAUGAACAACCAGACAGAGUACACAUAUAUGAACGGACUGUACAGGUUUUGGCUCCAGAAGUGGAUAAACUGCUACAGUUUAUGUACUUUCAGCGCAAAGCUAUUGAGAGAUUUUGUGGUGAGGUAAGGCGUCUUUGUCAUGCUGAAAAAAGACGAGAUUUUGUAUCUGAAGCAUAUUUGUUGACAUUGGGGAAAUUCGUUAACAUGUUUGCUGUACUGGACGAGUUAAAGAAUAUGAAAAGUUCAGUUAAAAAUGAUUAUUCUACAUACAGAAGAGCAGCCCAGUUCCUCAAAGUUAUGUCUGACAGCCAAAGUUUACAAGAGUCUCAAAAUCUAUCUAUGUUCCUAGCAACGCAAAACAAAAUCAGAGAUACGGUGAAAGACGCUUUGGAGAAGAUUAAUGGCUAUGAAGAUCUGCUCUGUGAUGUAGUCAACAUUUGUGUGCAUAUGUUUGAGACAAAAAUGUAUUUGACACCGUCGGAGAAACAUAUGCUUGUGAAGGUUAUGGGCUUUGGUCUUUUCUUAAUGGAUUCGGAAGUAUGUAAUAUCAACAGGCUGGAUCAGAAGAAAAAGAUACGUCUCGAUCGAAUUGACAGGAUUUUUAAGAAUUUGGAGGUGGUACCACUAUUUGGUGACAUGCAAAUCGCUCCUUUCAACUAUAUCAAAAGAUCGAAACACUAUGAUCCGAGCAAGUGGCCACUGUCUUCGAACCUGAACCCGUUGUCUCCGCAGGCUGACCUGAUGGUCCACCUGCCUCAGAUAAGAGAAGAGCAUCAGAAUUAUAUUUCGGAGUUGGCCAGAUACAGCAAUGAGGUGACGACGACGUUUAAAGAAGCCGGUUCGGAUAACGAGAACAAAGCGGUCACAGAACUGUGUCUGCGUGGACUUCAGCUGUUGUCAUCUUGGUGUUCUGUUCUCACGGAGUUGUGCUCGUGGAAGUUGUUGCAUCCGACGGACCACACCACCAACAGUAGAUGUCCACCUGAUGCUGAAGAGUAUGAGAGGGCCACUCGCUACAAUUAUACGUCAGAGGAGAAAUUCGCGAUGAUCGAAGUGAUUGCCAUGAUCAAAGGCCUGCAAGUACUGAUGUCCCGUAUGGAGACGGUGUUUGCUGAUGCGGCACGUAGAGCAAUUUAUGCUGAACUACAGGACUUCGUUCAGCUCGUACUUCGGGAACCGCUAAGGAAGGCGAUUAAGAAUAAAAAGGAUUUAAUACGAAGUAUAAUUGUUUCGGUACGAGAAACAUGCGGGGACUGGGCUAGAGGUUGUGAGCCCCAGCAGGAUCCAGCACUGCGCGGAAAGAAGGACGGCGAAGCUAGUUUCACUAUCAAAGUGCCGAGGCGGAAUGUUGGCCCAUCAACAACCCAACUAUACAUGGUGCGUACGCAACUAGAGGCCCUUAUUUCGGACAAAUCGGGGGGCCGACGUACACUGCGAAAAGAUUUGGACGCGACCACUCUUGUGCAGAUCGAAACGUUUCAUAGACAGAGCUUCUAUUGGACUUAUAUGUUGAAUUUGGCUGAUUCACUUCAGAAAUGCUGUGAUCUCUCUCAGUUGUGGUAUCGUGAGUUCUAUCUUGAAAUGACCAUGGGGAGAAAGGUCAAUAAAUGCACUGUACGACACCAGCACAACGAAGAGUGUAACGACUUAAUCACAAUGGAGAAACGGAUUCAGUUCCCAAUAGAAAUGUCAAUGCCGUGGAUUCUGACGGAUCACAUAUUGAGGAGCAAGGAGCCGGCUAUGAUGGAAUACGUGCUAUAUCCGCUAGACCUGUACAACGAUUCGGCCCAAUACGCGCUCACAGUGUUCCGGAAACAGUUCUUGUACGAUGAAGUGGAAGCGGAAGUGAAUCUGUGCUUCGAUCAGUUCGUCUAUAAAUUGUCUGAGCUUGUCUAUGCUCAUUAUAAGCAGUUGGCUUCGAGUAUGUUACUGGACAAACGGUACCGUGGCGAGUGCGCAGCGCGUGGAGCGAGUACGGGCUGCGGGGCGGGGCGAUACGCCUCGCUCCUACGGCAGCGACAUGUCGCCUUGCUCGGACGACAUGUUGAUCUGUGUGCAUUGGUCGCACAAAGAAUCAACGCGGACAUGCAUCGCGCGUUAGACGCGGCUGUUGCCAAGUUCGAAGCUGGCGAUAUAACUGGUGUCGUCGAAUUAGAGGGUCUGAUAGCCGUGAACAGGCUCUGCCACAAACUCCUAAGUCGAUAUCUGACAUUGGACGAGUUCGAUGCCAUUCUCCGAGAAUCCGACCAUGGCGUACUUGCUCCAUAUGGAAGGGUCACGCUGCACGUCUUCUGGGAGCUCAAUUACGACUUCUUGCCAAAUUAUUGCUACAAUGCCGCGACCGAUAGAUUCGUUAAAUGCCGUGGGAUCCAAUUCGCUCCCGCGGUGCAAAGGGAGAAGCCACAGCAGUUUGGACAUGCGAUGCUUUGGGGCUCCAAACAACUCAGUUUGGCGUAUUCAGCACAGUACGCACAGUAUAACGGUUUCGUCGGUGCUCAACACUUGCACGCGUUGGUCCGUCUCCUGGGCUACCAGGGAGUGGCUGUUGUGGUGUCGGAACUUCUGGGUGUAGCUCGGGGUCUCCUUCAUGGAACUCUUGCGCAGUUCACACGAGCAUUGGCGGCUGCUAUGCCAAGGCACUGCAAGCUGCCGAGAUAUGACUAUGGAUCUAAUGGUGUCCUGGGCUACUACCACGCCCAAUUGACCGACAUAGUGCAGUACCCCGAUGCCAGAACAGAACUGUUCCACGCGUUCCGUGAACUUGGCAACAUUAUUCUCUUCUGUAUGCUGAUUGAACAGGCUCUCAGUCAAGAGGAAGUGACUGAUCUCCUACAUGCCGCUCCAUUCCAGAAUAUUCUUCCCAGGCCAUACACAGCAGAGGGAGAAAAACCAGAGACAAAACAGAAGCGGCUCGAAGCGAAAUACGCCGCUUUGCAAAUUGUUCAGAAUGUCGAAAAAUAUGGGACGGCUAAGCAAAGCCAACUGUCCCGCGAGGGCGACCUUUUAACCCGUGAGCGUUUGUGCUGCGGCUUAUCCCUGUUCUCCGUUGUGUUGCGACGCUUGAGGGCCAGCCUCACCGCUCCGCAGUGGCCGGCCCCGCCCUCGCCGCAUCAUGCGCCGCUGCACACAGACGAUACCAGCGAGUUUCAUAGAUUGUGGUCCGCUCUGCAAUUCCUCUACUGUAUACCCGUUGGUGACACGCAGUUUACUGUUGAAGAGCUCUUCGGGGAAGGUCUUCACUGGGCUGGUUGCACUAUCAUGGCCCUCUUAGGUCAGCAGCGGCGGUUCGAAGCUCUGGACUUCUGUUAUCACAUCCUCAGGGUUCAGAGGGUGGAUGGAAAGGAUGAUGUGGUCAAGGGGAUUCCUCUGAAACGUAUGGUGGACCGAAUUCGCCGCUUCCAAGUGCUGAACUCGCAGAUCUUCAGCGUCCUCUCCAGGCACCUGGCCGCUGCAGACGACGACAGAGCUGGUGUGGAACACGUUAGGUGCUUCCCACCACCGUCUACCAGCCAUCACACAAUCAACUAGAUUCCUUUCCGAAGAGGAUGCAUAUAGUUGUCUCGUUCUUUCGUUUAUAAAUUUGUAUAUGAGUGAUAAGGACAAAACAUUUUCAGUUUCCAAAAAUUCAAAGAAAAAUAACAUUCCCCGAGUAUUGAUUAAUUCCUUUAUUACCAUUUUAUAUACAGAUAGACAGUCAUAGAUGUCGCUUAUGUUAGAGGCCCUUAUUCGUGAAUCAGUCUUAAAUCCAGUUUCAAGAGAACCAUUUUUUCUGCAUAACAUUGACAGCGCUCAAGACGACUUAUGAUAAGAAGGAUACGACCUAAAUUAUUCGAUACUCUAGAAUUUCCAAUAGCGAUGUUACUUAUUUUCGAUUUGAAGUUCCGUUGACGACCUAUGAACGCAGCUGUCGCUAUUUAUUUUUUUUGUGUUAAGAAACGUAUAUAUCAUGAAUUAUUUAGCAAGAAAACGGCGUACCAAUAUUUGAAAGGCCGGCAACGCACUUGUGAGCCUUCAGGCUUGUGAGUAUCCAUGGGCGGCGGUAUCGCUUAACAUCAUGUGAGCUCAUAUUACAUUAAAGAAAAUAGACAUUAUUCCAAUUAGAUAUUUAAGGUUAAAUGCAUUUUAAUAUUUAAAUUAGAAGUUAUUUUAAAUAUACUAAGCUCUUUGUGUUGGCCUAGUGGCUUCAGCGAGCGACUCUCAUCCCCGAGGUCGAAGGUUCGAUCCCCGGCUGUGCACCAAUGGACUUUCUUUCUGUCCGCAUUUUUUCCUACAAUAAGUUAAGGUAAUAAGUUCACAAAAAGAGUGCUUUACGUGAACUACAAUCUAGCUAAUCAAUAAUUGUGGCUAAUAAGUAAUAUUAUGUUGACUUCAGAUUAAACUAAGGUAUGUUAUUACCAGUAUUAAUGCUCUAUAAUGUCUUGACACUAUGUUCGUGUGUCCGAGAUACCGCAAUUGCUUAUAUCCACUACACUAGGUUUUUUUUUUAAUUUAUAGGUUUAGUUCUCUCGUCUUAGGGAGCGUUCAAGUAUUACGUAACGGAUUUGGG